CACACACGCACACACACACACACACACACACACACACACUGUAAAAGUGCAGUAACCUCAUUGUUGUUUUAUGCAAACAGUCUAGAUAGGACGGCGCACUGAGGCAUAUGCAAAUCAGGCAGUGCAGGGUGUACUGCAGAGGUGAACGUUUCUCCACUUAGGAAAAUGCCGAUGAGCAGCCGUGGAUUUCCAAACUUUUUAUUCCAACACUAGCUUCCUUUUGAAUAAUCAGGAGGACAGACGGCAGCUGGAGCAGCACAAACCUUUUACCUGAGAUAUUAAGAUGAGCGCAGACACAGUGGAGCAGUCGGAGGCUGCAGCUGAACAGGCAGAGCAAAACGGACUCGACUUCAAUCGACAAAUAAAAACAGAGGAUAUCAACGACUCACCUCAUUCAGCCUCCGCACUGAAGACAUGUCACCUGACACAGGGCUCUCCGGUGCCUGGAGGUCAGCUGACUGGGGAGCUCACCUCUCUCCACACCAUGCAGCAGCUGGUUCUGAUGCCACCGUCUCACCUCUCGUCCCCUUCCCCCUUCCUGCUCUCCCAGAACCCCACCAGCCACCAAGCCCUACUGCAGCAGAACCUGCUGUCCCUCCCUAGCCAGAGUCAAACUAGUCUCCUUCAGCAUCAACCUGGACUGGCUCUGACUCCACAGGCUAUGAGUCGCUCUGGUCUGGCAGGACCGUCUAUGGAGAACCACAUGGACAUGUCCCACCUGCAGAUGCCCAAACACAUGGCGGUACCACCACAGGAGGAACCCAGUGAUCUGGAGGAACUGGAGCAGUUUGCUAAAGCAUUCAAACAAAGACGCAUCAAACUGGGCUUCACUCAGGGAGAUGUGGGCCUUGCGAUGGGAAAACUGUAUGGCAAUGACUUCAGCCAGACCACAAUCUCUCGCUUCGAGGCUCUCAACCUCAGCUUCAAAAACAUGUGCAAACUCAAACCUCUGCUGGAGAAAUGGCUGAGUGACGCAGAGAACUCACCUUCCGACUCGAUGAACAACCCUAUCGCUCUGCCGCCCCUGAUGGAGGGCUACGGACGCAAACGGAAAAAGAGAACAAGCAUUGAAACAAACAUCAAGAUGACUCUGGAGAAACGUUUCCUUGAUAACCCCAAGCCCAACUCCGAGGAGAUAACCAUGAUCUCAGAGCAGCUGUCCAUGGAGAAGGAGGUGGUUCGAGUUUGGUUCUGUAAUCGGCGUCAGAAGGAGAAGAGGAUCUACUGCCCAGUGGCUAGUUUACCAGUCAAAUCACACAGCUACAGCUCCAGAAUGGCUUCAGCAUCCAGAUCCUACAGCCCUCUGGCUUCAGGCGGAGUUUCAUCAAAUUCCUCUCCAAACAGUGCAAGCCGUGAAGCUUCUCCUAACAGUCUGUCUACAGCCUCCGCCUCUUUAACAUCUCAGGUCAACCCAGCUUCCUACAGCUCACCAGGGUCCUGGUACCGCACAUGGAAUGCUGCCGCGUAUCAUCACUGAGAAACAUCAACUGAAUUAUAUGAAGCUUUUGAAGAUUUUGUUUGAGAAGGAUGUACACUGAGGAUGUGACUGAGUCACAUAAUAUCCCUGUUACGAGGGUUAUAAUUAUCACAGGCCAAACCUUAGACAAACUUGUAAGACACAACGGCAGCACAAGUGGAGGACUCUCACACACCACACUGCUGUCAACACUCAUGCAAGUCCCAACUGCCUCGAGCUGUUUGAUUUGUCUUCAUGUGACGCUCUACUCUGCUUAUAUCUGCUACAAAGAUGAAGAAUUCACAGAAAAAACACACACAAGACAGAUAUCAUGACCACGGGUGGGAAUUCUCAUGUUCGAGCCAAAAAGCUUAUGCCUUGAAUUUAUAACUGUCAAGUCAACUGUCAACUGUCAAAAUAAUCUUGAAUGUAGAAGGAUUCAGGUCAAGAUUCAUUAAGAUUGUGCUAUGAGCUUUUCCUUUAGAAGAGCAAUGAUCUCAGUUGUUGCUGUUAUUACAUGUUUUUAUGUUGAUAGAAUAGUUAGUGUUGUGUUAGUGAAUUUGAUGCGAUCCUACAAUUUCAUACUUCUGGCCUGUCUAAAUAAAUAUGCAGUCAAAACGAGGGGGUUUCACAGACUUUUCAUCUGAAUGUUCAUGACUGCUUCAAAAGGACUGUGGUCAAUUUUAAUUCUUUAAAGGAUGAUAAAAAAAAAAAACUCCUGCACACUGUGUCCUCUGUCUGUGUCUGUCAGGUGCAGGUGAUACAUCUGAUGACAGCUUUUCUCAUUGUUUUCAAGUUACUUUCCUCCAACUCACCCGUUGCAAAAUCAGGUGUGCAGAGAUUUUUUUUUUUUUUUUUUUUUUUACAAUUUUACAAUUCUUUAAAGGAUCAUUUUCUUUAUUACAACUUUGGUCUUAUUAUUGCAGUUUUGUCCAUCAUUCAUAACAGUUUCAAUAUUGUUGUACUGGGCAGGAGGCAAGAAACACGAUCAGACAGCUUGUAAAUAACAAUUUUGCCAGAUUCUAAACUUGAAUUUGAUGUCAAAGUGAAAAUCAACACUUCUGAAAUGUUUGUAAAAAAUCCCUCACUGCCAUCUAAACUAAAAUUAAUUAAAUUAAAAUUAUUUGGUGAAUUUUUGAUGGUUAUUCACCAACCGAGACUCGUAUUAAAGCUCACACCGGUCUGGGAAAAUAAUAUUGGAAAUAAUCCCUCUUUGUGUGCAACGUUACCAGAAGUGCAGCUGAUCAAAGUCGAAGCAGUAAGUUGGUCUGUGAUGGAUGUUUACAACAGAACGUUCACCUUUGUUUCAUCUUCCAAAUAAGGUUGACUCACCUGGAUUAGUUUAUAACGUGUUAGAUCAUAUGACUGCUUGUGUUUAUUACCUCGUCCGACUUGUUUUUAGCGAUUUCACUGUGUUCCCUGAUCUCAUUAUUACUCUUAUUACAAUUUUUUUUUUUUUAAUUACUUAUGUUUUUUUUGAUAGAAAUGAUGGAUGAAACUACAAAAACAAGACCCAAAAUGUAAUAAACUGGAAUUAUAACACACUGGUCUUUGAAGGCCCUGAAAAACAAUUUUCUCUAUUGGCUUCUUAUUAUUAGUAAUGAAAUUAUACAUGAACCAACAAUAUACAAAAUGUUUUGCCAAAUGCAGAACAGGUGUCGUCAUUUCACAUGAGAGAUUGAUGUAUUGGUAAUUUUUUUCCUGAAGUGGGCGUAAUUUGGCUCUAAAAAGUUGAUGUCAUGUGUUCAAAUGGACCAAUCAAAAUCAAAUCUGAUCAAACCACACCUGCACGGUCCUGAUGAAGAAAAUUGGCUGGUUUUAGGUGUUAAACUCUUAAUUAAUACAAGCUAAGGAUGUUUUUUCACAACCUGAUUUAGUCAAGAAUAUAUUGAAAUACUUAAUAUUUGAAACAUAGCUUUCAGAUCAUUUAAACAAAUCCUUAGUGAAUCUCUGCUUUAAGUUCAUGUGUUGAAGUCUCAGUAUGAAAGUCUAAAGUCAUUUUUUUAACUGAAUAACAGGGAUAAAAGUCUGCUGUCAUAGCCGCCUCCUGGCUGCAUCCUACUCUAUCUGUAUCUUUUAUGUGUCGUUAUAGUCUACAGGUGAUGAAUCCUAUGAAUGAGCAGUUAUGGGAAAAUG